AUGUUCACAACAGGGGAUAGCAUGAUAGCAGCUGAAGCUAUGUAUUUGUACACUGAUAUUAUUGUUAUCGUUGUUAGCGUAAUCGACGCGGUAAUCGAGAUAGAAGCAAGGAGGCAGGCUCGUGUCGGAACGCAAAAUCCUUUCUUCGAAAGGCAGCUGGGAUCCGACCCCGGCUUUCCAACCUCUCCGGCCGCAGGAAAGAGAGCUGGAGGGUUCGGCAGAGGCACUUCGUACGGGGUGAAGAAUCGUAGCCCCCCUCGUGUAUUUGUACAGCCCCUUCUUCUUCACGAUGGAAGAUCGGGCGAUCCCGCUUGCACUACCUCCGUAGACCAAGCCAAAAAAGUGAGCCCCCUCGUGAUGAAACCAUCACCGCUCCGCAUCCUCGGAAAUGUGUUCGGUUAUGAUGCUGCAUGUAAGCAAGGACGGAAAUACAAAAGCACACCCACACCCAGCCACCUACCCACACCCAGCCACCUACGUGCACCUUCCCCUUUCCCCUCACACAAAACAAAGCCAGCUCCUUCCCCGCUCGCAACGAGCGAAACCCCGCGCGGCAACGCGAAUUCCACGCCCGUCGCGGCAGUCGCUAGCAGUGCACAAGCCGCGCUCUACGAUACGUGUGAAGUCACUCUACUCGAAGAGAUCGAACGUCCUCGGAAGCAGGGGUUUGGAGAUGCACGCACGAUGAAGCCUGGACGGGGCGAGGCCGCUACUCGAUAUCCAGGCGCGAGAUCUCUCGUGGGCAGGGAUUCAAGUCGUGGAUAG